CAAGACAGAAGCUGCCACGAAGCGGAUCAUCAAGGAGACGCUUAAAGGCAAACUUGAUGAGAAUGUGAUCCAAGCGCUCCUCCCACAAAGCUCACGAACUGCUGAAUUAUACGGACUGCCAAAAGAUCAUAAACCGGGCAUUCCACUGCGCCCGAUUGUGUCAGCGUGUGGUGACCCACUGGACAAAAUAUCCCAACUACUGGAGAGAAUCCUCAGCCAACUCCUUCAGUUUAUUCCAGCCCACUCAGCAACACGCAGAAACAUCCCCUACAAAGAAGCGACUGAGAGUGCAAAACGUCUGCUCGAAAUUCACCAUCAAGACAUCAACACCUUCGGCCUGGAAGUUACAGACAUCAUCCACCUUCUGAACCACUGCCUUUCCAACAACUUCUUGAGAUUUGGCGAAAAAUACUAUCGCCAAACAAGCGGUAUCGCCAUGGGUAGUCGUGUGGCCCCACCGCUUGCUAUCAUCUUUAUGGACAGCUUGGAACGGGACUUCAACACCAGUGCCUCACACAAACCCGACCUAUACAUGAGGUAUAUCGACGAUGUACUCGGAGUGUGGACCCAUGGCUCUGCCAAUCUUCAAGAGUAUUUCCGUCACAUCAACGACGCACAUCCAUCGAUCAAGUUCACCAUCGAAUCGACUGACAAGACGCCAUCCAUUCCCUUCUUGGACACCAGCAUCACAGUCGAACCCACGGGAAAGUACACCACUGAGCUGUACAUCAAGCCCACAUCGGCUGGUAUCAUACUACACGCUGACUCGGCACACCCGUGGAAAACCAAGCGAGCUGUGCUGCACUCCCAAAUACGACGUGCCAUCAACAUCUCCAGUGACAACAGCGCUCGUGAACGCAGCAUAGAGAAAAUCAAAGACCUGUUCCUGAACAACGGCUACAACAUGCGCACCAUCAGCAGAGCCACCAGUUGCUGCCAGACCUCAAGACCAAGACCAAGAAGACGAGCAACGCCGGUAACAAGGCUCGUGUUACCUUUCAUCGAUGACAAGCUAGCCCAAACCGUACAGGCCAUCGUACACAAGAGUGGCCAACAGAACCUAGGAGUGACCUGGACCAACAAACAGACCAUCAAGAACCAGCUGGUGCGCUCGGCCCUGAAACCACCUCCGUGUCCUGGUGGCUCACGCUGCCACUCGUGUGCUGCAGGACUACAGGGCCGGUGCCACAGUUCCGGAGUGGUAUACCAACUUACCUGCACGCUGUGCAACCGGAGCUACAUCGGCGAAACCGGACGUCACAUACGACUUCGCUACAAUGAACAUCUACGGGACGCGAAGAACCACCGUAUGGACUCGCCGUGGGGCGACCACUUCAGAGAUGACCACCCUCGAUGUCGCCCAGAGCCCCAACACAUCGCGGCCAAGAUCCUACAGACAUGCAACACCAGCAGAGACAGAAAAAUAGCAGAGUCGCUAUGGAUAAGGACAUACCGACCAGCCCUAAACACCAACAUCGCAUCUUGGGCAGUUCUGUGAUUAGUGUGAACUGUCAGACUGAGACGUGAUAGAUGUUGGGAUAGCCUCAUGACUGUUAGAUCUUUUGGCUUUUGAGAUGCUUAGUUAGAUGUUUUAUUAAAUGCCGAUGUUUGAAUGAAUCAUUGAAUGGUUGAUUAUAGGUAUGAUUAAAUGGAAUAUUGAAUGGUUGAUUGAUAGAUGGUUGAAUGGACGACUGUGGGUCUGAUUGAUUUAAUGGUUGAAGGGUUGCUUGAUUGGAUGAUAAAAUCGUUGUUUGUUUGAUUGAAUGACUGCUUGAUUGUAUGAUAAAACGUUUGAUUGAAUGAUUUGGAAUGGAUAUUUGAAUGGUUUGUCGACUCCAUGACUGAAUGUAAUGGGUGUAACUAGUUGAUUGAACAAUUGGAUGAAUGGCUAGUUUGUUGGCUAGAC